AUGUCGGACACAAACGAAACCUUGAGGCAGAGCAUUUUCAAUGACUGCAAAGACUACAUCGACAUUUACCCAGACAUUUGCAGCUAUGACGAUUCAUUCUAUGGCUACAGAAUUUGGAUUGUCCCCAACGCAAUCUUUCUGGGCCUAUUUUCCCUUUCCUUUCUCGGUUUCGCCGGCGUCUUUGUUCUCACCCGCUUCCGCAACGUAGGCUUCUCCGUCGCCAUGUUGCUGGGCGUGCUGGGCGAAAUUCUGGGCUACGCUGGCCGGGUCAUGAGCUGGCAAGACCAAUGGAGUGAAAAUGGUUUCCUGAUACAAAUAUGCUGCCUGACCAUUGCUCCUGCUUUUCUGGCCGCUGGCAUUUACUUCUGUCUGAGAAAUAUUGUGGUGGCUUUUGGAGCCCAGAACUCGAGGAUAAAGCCUACAUGGUACCCGCGAAUUUUCAUCCCCUGCGAUGUCAUCUCCAUUGUUCUGCAGGCCAUCGGCGGUGGCAUGGCGUCCGUGGCUAGCCAGAACAACGAAGAUGUCACGCCUGGCAAUAACAUCAUGAUUGCCGGUCUCGCCUUUCAGGUCGUCACGCUGUUUGUGUUCAUCGUACUGGCCAGCGACUUUGCCAUCCAGACCCUCCGCAACCCCCGAAACCUCAACAACGACCCGGCCCUGGUGUCGCUGCGUACCUCGCUGCGCUUCCGCCUGUUCCUGGGCGCGCUUAGUCUGAGUACCAUUUGCAUAUUUUGGCGGUGCUGCUUCCGCGUCGCCGAGCUCAGCGACGGGUGGACCGGUCCCGUCAUGAAGGCGCAGAACUUAUUUGUGGGUUUCGAAGGCGUCAUGGUCAUUGUUGCCGUUCUGGUGCUCAAUGUGUGGCACCCCAACAUCUGCUUUAGGGGUAUGGAGAACUACCUUCCCCAGAAGAAGGGUUCCAAGACCGAACUCAAGGAAUUCUCGGCCUCACCCAGCGAAGACGAGCGAAGAUGA